AUGGGGACAGAAGUUGAAGAUGUCAAUGUGAAUGAUUAUGGUGACAAAAACAUAGAAGACACUAUUGCUGGACAUGGUGAUGAAAGAAUAGCCAAAAGUCAACACAGUAACAUAGUGGAGAGAAUAUAUAUUGAUCAAUUAAUUGAGCCAAUGGGUGGAUUGUUUGAUGCAAUUUCCAUGCACAGAUCGCCUAUUCACAUGAAAGUGGUGUCAACACAAAUAGACAAAAUAGAUGAUUGUGGUCACCAGGAAGAAAUACAACAACUUCUAUUUGAGAAAGACAACCAUUUGAAACUUAUAUCAGAGCUAAGUGUUGAGAAUGAUAAACUCAAGGAGAAAAUGGAACUCGGAAAAUAUGAAAAGGAUGUAGCAAUGCAAGUCGAUAUGGUGAAUGCAUCAAGCACUGAACUGGUGUCAGACCUGUUAGAAAUGAAAUCAAAACUGAAUGGAAGGGACACCGAGUUACGUGAGAUAGCAACAAAGAUAGCACUCCUGGAGCAAGAGAAGCAAAAAAAAAUUGCAAAGAUGAAUAAACUGAAAGAAAGAUUGGAGAUAUUAUUACAGGAAAAUUGA